CGUGCACGUCGGCUUGAUCAAAGUCGAUGACUUAACGGAUGCAAGAUGAAACAUCAGGCGUCCUGGGUUUGAGGUUAGAGAAAUAAUAUCCUGAUUAUUGUUUCACGCAUUCGUACGGCUUCUGUUGCGAAUAAUUCAUCGUGCAUGUAGUGCGACGUGAUACCGAUCGCCAUCAUGAGUAAGAUGUAUUCGACGGCGAACCUGUCCGACAAGGAGCUGAAGGAACAAGGAAACCGUCUUUUCAGCCUCCACAAGUACGAAGACGCGGCUAAUUGCUACACAAAGGCGAUCAUCAAAAAUCCAGAUCAAGCAUUAUACUUCACAAAUCGGGCACUUUGUCACUUGAAGCUCAAACGAUGGGAAUCCGUGUGUCAAGACUGCAGACGAGCCUUAGAUAUAGACCCUUGUUUGAUGAAAGGUCACUUUUUCUUGGGACUUGCUCUGCUAGAAUUGGAGCUUUAUGACGAGGCUGUGAAGCAUUUACAAAGAGCUGUGGAUUUGGCAAAGGAACAAAAGUUGAACUAUGGUGAUGACGUCACCAGCGUAUUACGACAAGCCCGUAAACGUCGCUUUCAGAUGAGGGAGGAACAAAGGAUCGCCCAAGACAUUGAGCUGCAAACCUACCUAAAUCAACUAAUUAUAGACGAUGCAAAGCGCAGUUUAACUACUUUGCAAGAGCAAGAGCCAGCAAAGGAUUCUGAUGCGGAGGCAAGCUCAGCCGAAUUUGCCAGGAGAAAGGAGGAAAUCGAGGAGAAGAGAGAUACUUGCAUAUCGCGGCUGAACGAUCUCUUCGCCAAGGUCGAUGAAAGGAGGAGGAAAAGAGAAGUGCCCGACUACUUAUGCGGCAAAAUCAGCUUCGAGAUUCUUCAGGAGCCUGUGAUCACGCCCAGUGGGAUUACAUAUGAGCGGAAAGAUAUCGAGGAACAUCUUCAACGGGUUGGUCAUUUCGAUCCAGUUACUCGUGUACGUCUGACACAGGACCAGUUGAUUCCGAACUUGGCGAUGAAGGAAGUAGUCGAUACUUUUUUGCAGGAGAACGAAUGGGCCUUGCAUUAUUGAUGUCGAUAUGUAGUUUACUGCCGUAUGAUUUAAAUUCAACUAAAGAUGGUGAUUUUUCAUGAUAGACGAUGGAAGGAUAAUUUGGCUUUGAAUAAAGAUUUUUUGAUAAGGGCAUAGUAUAUAUAUACAGAGAGAGAGAGAAGAGAAGA